UUUGUUAGCGGAAGGAAAGGCCAAAACCUUGUGGGAGAUUUUAGAGUUUCCCAUUCGUGAUGGCGGCCGAUCCUUUUCCCCAAGCUCUACCUAAAUUUGAUGAAAUGGCAAUCUCUCGGUAUGGGAACGUCGUGUGUUAUAACCAAACGCUAAUGAACAUGGCCGGAGAUCAUAGUUUAGAGGACAGCGGAAGCUCCCUUACAGCCGCUCUUCCUGUCUUUGUAAUGCAACUCUUUGUUUCUAACCUCACCUACCGCCUUCUCUACUAUUUUACUCGGCCUCUCUAUUUUCCUCCUUUCGUCGCUCAAAUCCUUUGCGGAUUACUGUUCAGCCCGAGCGUGCUCGGAAAUAAGGGCUGGGUCCUGGAUCAUGUAUUUCCUUAUAGAUUUACAAUGGUUCUCGAGACAUUCGCCAACUUAGCUCUCGUUUACAACAUUUUCCUCCUCGGUCUAGGCAUGGACUUGAGGAUGAUAAAGAUGAAAGAUCCCAAACCAGUGAUUAUAGCCAUCGUUGGCCUCAUUGCGGCUUUACUUGCCGGUGUUGGCCUUUACUACCUUCCCGGUAACGGAGACCCCGACAAGAUCUUAGCAGGUGGUCUUUACUGGUCGGUCGCGUUUGGCUGUACGAAUUUCCCUGAUCUUGCUAGGAUUCUUGCGGAUCUCAAGCUCUUGCGUUCGGAUAUGGGACGUACCGCGAUGAGUGCAGCCAUUAUUACUGAUUUGUGCACUUGGAUUCUCUUUGUGUUUGGAAUGGGGUGUUUUAGCAAAGCAGGUAUACGGAAUGCAAUGAUGGCAUACUCAUUAGUAUCAACCGCAGUUUUUGUCCUUUUCUGCUACUUCGCGAUCCGUCCUGCAGUGGCUUGGAUCUUCAACAACACCGUCAAAGGAGGCAACGUCGAUGAAACUCAUGUCUGGUUCAUUCUAGCGGGAGUAAUUCUCUGCAGCUUAUUCACCGAAGUAUGUGGUGUCCAGUCAAUUACCGGGGCUUUCUUGUUCGGUCUCUCGAUCCCUCACGACCACAUCAUUCGAAACAUGAUCGAAGAGAAGCUCCACGAUUACAUCUCCGGGAUACUGAUGCCUCUCUUCUACAUCAUUUGCGGUUUAAGAGCUGAUCUUGCUUACAUGUUCGGGUUCGUGAGCAUCGGAACGAUGGCGUUGGUGAUUUCUGCCUCGUUUAUGGUGAAGAUUUUGUCCACGAUUGUUUGCUCCAUCUUCUUGCGUAUACCUUUGCUUGAUGGUUUCGCCAUUGGUUCGCUUAUGAACACCAAAGGAACUAUGGCAUUAGUCAUUCUAAAUGCAGGACGAGACACCUACUCAUUGGACGUAAGUAUGUACACUCAUAUGACGUUGGCCUUUCUAGUGAUGUCAAUAGUGGUGCAGCCACUAUUAGCCAUUGCUUACAAACCAAAGAAGAAAUUGGCUUUCUACAAAAAUCGAACCAUUCAAAAACACAAAGGAGAGUCAGAGCUUGGUGUACUAACCUGCGUCCAUGUCUUCCCUAACGUCUCCGGCAUAACCAAUCUAUUACAACUCUCUAACCCGACCAAGAAAUCCCCUCUCAACGUUUUCGCCAUCCACCUAGUCGAGCUAACGGGUCGCACCACGGCUUCGUUGCUCAUAAUGAACGAUGAGGCCAAACCGAAAGCUAACUUUUCGGAAAGAGUCAGAGCGGAAUCCGAUCAGAUCGCUGAGAAGUUCGCAGCUCUGGAAGUGGACAACGACGGGAUUCUGGUUCAGACCAUCACCGCGGUUUCACCUUACACGACGAUGCACGAAGAUAUUUGUUCGUUGGCCGAGGAUAAACAAGUCAGCUUCAUUUUAUUGCCUUACCAUAAGAACAUGACGUCAGACGGUCGGUUGACUGAAGGUAACCAUGCGCACGCUGACAUCAACAAAAACGUUUUGAGCUACGCGCCUUGUUCGGUUGGGAUUUUGGUUGACCGUGGCAUGACGAUCAUCCGGUCUGAAUCACUUACGUUCCAAGGCGAAAACACCAAGAAAGAGAUCGCGAUGCUAUUCAUUGGAGGUCGGGACGACCGAGAGGCUCUAGCUUUCGCUUGGAGGAUGGUGGGACAAGAAAUGGUUAAACUCACGGUUGUGAGAUUCGUGCCAGGGCGGGAAGCUUUACUCACGGUCGGGAUAGAAUACGAGAAAGAGAAAAAUAUCGACGAAGAGUACAUCUACGAGUUUAAUUUCAAGACAAGGGAUGAUCCGUCGGUGACUUAUAUAGAGAAAGUGGUUAACGAUGGCCAAGAGACGAUCACAGCGAUUAUAGAAUUGGAAGAGAACAAUUCACACGAUCUUUACAUUGUAGGAAGAGGGUAUCAAGUAGAAACACCUGUGACCGCGGGAUUAACGGAUUGGAAUAGUGCUCCGGUUUUAGGUGUUAUAGGCGAUACAUUAGCUUCCUCAAACUUCACGAUGCAUGCUUCGGUUCUUGUGGUCCAACAAUACUCAUCAGCCAACAGACAAAACGCAGGUAACAAUCAAGAACCUGUCCAAGGUGGUGCCAAGACCGCUCAAGCAGCUACACCUUUCAUGGAAGACGAGGAUGAUGAAGAGGCACAUCAAUAUCAUAGAGGAAUGCGCAAAUGAUAUGUGUUUUUUCUCAUUCCAUAAACUUUAGAGGAGAGUUUUUUCAAAUUGUAAGUUUUUGUCAGAUAAUCAAAAUCCAAAAGAGUUCUUGGUUCCUACACUAAUCAU